AUUCAUGUAACAUUGCGAGAUGAAAAGUUCAUGAAUGAUUUUUUCAGGUAUCUUUAAAACUUUGUGCCAAAUUAGGAUUUUAAAAUUGUCGCAAAUCAUUCAUGAGUCAUAAAUGAAAAUAGUACUAAAUUAAACUGAGAAAUAAGAGAUGGAGCGAGUCAUCCGUCUAAAUUCUCUCUUUCUCUCCCUCUCUCUCUUCCAAUGUAAUAUAUGUAGAUAACAUUAUCGAUUUCAUCUCUUCCUCUACCAUUUUGCACUCUCCUGAUUCAAUCUCAGAGCAAAACAACAAAUACAUAAGAGAUGGAAACCUUUCUGUUCACCUCAGAAUCUGUAAACGAAGGCCAUCCAGACAAGAUCUGUGACCAGGUUUCCGACGCCAUCCUCGAUGCGUGCUUGGAGCAGGACCCAGAGAGCAAGGUAGCCUGCGAGACAUGCACAAAAACCAACAUGGUUAUGGUCUUUGGCGAGAUCACAACCAAGGCGAAGGUGAACUACGAGAAGAUCGUCCGAGACACAUGUAGGGGAAUUGGGUUCGUCUCCGCUGAUGUCGGUCUCGACGCUGACAAGUGCAACGUCCUUGUCAACAUUGAGCAGCAGAGCCCUGACAUUGCCCAAGGAGUUCACGGUCACUUGACCAAGAAGCCAGAGGAAAUUGGAGCUGGUGACCAAGGCCACAUGUUUGGCUAUGCCACAGAUGAAACAGCUGAACUGAUGCCACUCACUCAUGUGCUUGCUACGAAGCUCGGUGCUAAGCUCACUGAAGUGAGGAAGAACAAGACAUGCCCGUGGUUGAGGCCUGAUGGGAAGACCCAAGUGACUGUUGAGUACAAGAAUGAUAAUGGAGCCAUGAUUCCAAUUCGUGUGCACACGGUUCUCAUCUCAACUCAGCAUGAUGAAACUGUGACUAAUGAUCAGAUUGCCAAAGACUUGAAAGAGCAUGUGAUUACACCUGUGAUCCCAGCUGAAUACCUUGAUGACAAGACUAUCUUCCACCUUAACCCUUCAGGUAGGUUUGUGAUUGGUGGGCCCCAUGGAGAUGCAGGGCUCACAGGCCGCAAGAUCAUUAUCGAUACCUAUGGAGGGUGGGGUGCUCAUGGUGGAGGUGCCUUCUCAGGCAAGGACCCAACCAAGGUUGAUAGAAGUGGUGCAUACAUUGUUAGGCAGGCUGCAAAAAGUGUAGUAGCUUCAGGGCUUGCACGUCGUUGCAUUGUGCAGGUUUCUUAUGCAAUUGGAGUGCCAGAGCCACUGUCUGUGUUUGUGGACACCUACAAAACAGGGAAGAUUCCAGACAAUGAUAUUUUGGGUCUGAUUAAGGAGAAUUUUGAUUUCAGGCCUGGAAUGAUUUCCAUCAAUCUUGACCUCCAAAGAGGAGGAAACUUCAGGUACCAGAAAACUGCUGCUUAUGGCCAUUUUGGACGAGAUGAUUCUGAUUUCACAUGGGAGACUGUGAAAAUGCUCAAGCCCAAGGCUUGAUUGAGUUUUCAGCCAAUGGUAAAUUCAGAGGUGGUUAUCUUAUCACAGUAAUCAUCUUUCUGAUUAUUGGGUUUGGAAAAAGAUUAAUAAAAUGAGCUUCACUGAGUACAUGCCUCAAGAUGUGUGUUUCAGCUUGGAUAAGAAGUGAGAGCAGAUAUGUGCACAAUAGGAGCAUGCGGCAUUAGCUAUCUCUUUCAAUUUUGGUUUUACCUCUUUAACUUUCUUUACUGUUACCAUUUUUUCACAGCUUUCUGCUAUUGAUUUUGUUGCAACCAAUCUUUGUGGUUGGUGUAGACUUAGAAUGUUGUCAUUUGUUUGAUUCUUUUAUAUUCAACUUUACUUGUUAUUAUUGUUUGUCAUAGCAAAGACCUUGGCAUUUGUUUCCAACUCCUACUGGCCAUAGUUUCUAAUGGAAAGUUGCAAAAUUUAUGUUUUAA